AUGAGUGACAACUACGGUCUCUUCUUCCCGAGCCACUCCAUGGUGUGCUACCACGAACCUCGAAUCCACGACCACGAACUCUAUUUCCAACUUCGCAAUCUGAAUCUGCUACUGCUACUUCCAAUAGCGCUCAUUGGAAUUUUUUGCAACGCGUGUGCCAUGGUAUCCCUAUAUCGUCCUCCAAAGAUCACAUCCGGAGUGUUUGUUUAUCUGAAGGCGCUGCUGUUGCUGGACCAUGUCAUGCUCACAACAACGUUAGCAGCCGAGUUCUUCCCACAAAUCUGUGAUCAACACCAUAUGAAGAAUCACACGUUUUACAGUGCAUGCAUGUUAGAAAGACGAUUUCUGAAAUACACAAUGCCAAGAGUUGAAAUCACGAUACACACUUUACACGUCUGGACCAUUGCAACCUUGUCUGCGCAUCGAUAUUGGAAGAUUUCGCGCCCGAUGAUUGCUCGUCUACAGGAUACUGUCAGCAGAGCUAGGACCAUGUUAAUUGUCAUGUUCUGUAUGGUAGUUAUCUUCCGUCUACCGAUUUUUCUUUUGGAGUUGGAAGUUCGGUCGUAUCCACAACUUCGAAUUAAUAAACGGAUCGCAACUACAGAGAUACUCUCCACUUAUCGAUUUGUAUAUCAUUCAAUUUUGGAUCCACUGUUUUUCAACAUCGUCCCUUUCCUAUGGAUGUGCAUUUUCUCGCUGCUAACUCUUUACGAAAUCUAUAAAAGUCGCCACAACACCUAUCAACACUUGGCGUUCGAUCAUCCAAAACAGACCAACGUAACACAUCCAUUAGCAGGUUGCUUCCCAAAAAAGGCCGAGCUAAUCCGACAGAAACAAGAGCUUCGAGCCACAUUCUUAAUUGUUGCCAUAAUCCUAUUGUACUUGUGUUUUCACUCACUUAAACUGUUUGCAGUGGGUAGAAAAUGGCAGUUACUAGUGAGAAGGGAGUGUCCAACAAGAAAAGACUACUACCAUUCGCACCUCUCUGACGUGUUGAGUAUGAUUUCCGCAUCAGUAAACGCAUUCGUCUUCAUAGCGUUCACAAAUCGACUCAAAAAAUAUAUACGACUUCUUUUGAGAAAAACAUCACGGACGUUGUCUAACUCGAGUGAUCCACCAAUGAGUCCGAAGACGGUGACAUCGUAUGAGAGCGGUUGUAAUAAUCAUUUUAAUCUUAAUAUUUGA